AUGCACGCCUCACACUUGCUAGGCCUUGUGGUCCUACCUCUUGUCGCCGCAUUGCCGCCAUACUCGACGCGAGGAGCCCAUGGAAAGCGGAUAGCUCUUAAGGAGAACGCCCAGUUCAAUUUCCAGCCUUUUGUCCUCACAAAGCUGAGCAUGGAUUGCGAUCGUCAGACCACCGACGAGAUGUUCUCCUGCGAGCUCCGAUUCGACUGGCACGAUCCCAACUCGGUUAGGGAAAACAAUGUGACGUCUUGCACUUGCUCUUCGACGUGGUCGUGGGACGGGGCGACCAGUGUCAGUGGCGAGAAGAAUACCUACAACUCCCAGUUUGUCCGGUGUCUUGUAGCGCCCCCAACGUAUUUCCAGAUGAGGUUCGACACCUUCGACACGGCCGAGAACUUCACCCUGGAGCUGGCCCACCAUUAUCGGGAUUCCGAGAACUUUACUGCGCCCUGGAACUACCCGACGACCUUUGCGAACCCGGAACUGCACCUGCCAGUCGUCAAGAGCCAGUCGAACACCUUACAGCUCUACCACGCCGGCCCAGUGUAUGCCAAUAUCGUAGGUAUUUCAGACUGA